AUGGUGGCGACUGCGACACGAAGCAAAGGCGGGAGGGGGCCUGCAGUGCAGACGGAAAAGGAGCAAGAGCAAGAGCAAGAGCAAGAGCAGGAGCAGGAGCAGGAGCAGGAGCAGGAGCAGGAGCAGGAGCAAGAGCAGAUGGGAAAGGGAGAAACGAAGAAGGAAAAGAAGAAGGACAAGAAAAAGAGGGAGCCGGAACUUCCGGCUGUGGAGGAGUUGCCCAAGCGGAGGAGGGGACGGCCGCCGAGGAGGUACUUGGAAUGA